AUGGAGUUUUUACUAUUAUUCUCGAUGAUUAUUCUAUUCGUCGAUUGCAGAGAGAUUUUGAGGAAACAAAGGAGUGCUGAGGACGCUUACGGACCAACCCCGCCCGAAGAGAAGCGCUCAUUUAUUGAAAAGUGGAAAGACUUCGAUCAAACCCUCGCUUUGAGAAGAGAACGAUUACUGAAGCAGUUGAGGGAUAAAGUACAGAAUGCUUCCCCGCCAUCGAUUCAACCAGCACCGCCUGGAAUCAACCGUGACUCGUACCAAGAAAUCAUUGAAGAAAGCGAGAAGCCAAUUGAUGUUUCAACUGUUGCUGCAAGCGCUGCUGUUGAAACUGGAGCUCUUUCGUCAGAAAGAGCAAUCAUGACUAUUAGCCAAGGUGAACUCCGAGAAUUGAAUGAGAUGAAAGAAGUCGAAUUUGUACAAACAACAACAGAAAUGAGUGAUGAAGAAGAUUGUGCUAAUACAAAUGAAGGAAGUGGUGCCCAAUUGACGCUAAAUGUCGAAGAUGAAGCAUUUCUGAAUCGAGCUGUCGAGAAAGUAUCUGGUGAAGUUCGAACGCGUCGACCGUGCAUUGAUCACAAUGGUUUGAAAGAAGUGAAGCCAUUGAACGCCGAGCCAACCAUUGAAGCAAGCAUCCAAGAAGUAGAGAAGCCAGAAAAUUACACGAAGCUAGACCCGAGUGAGAUUCAAAGCGGCGAAUCCUUAUUGAAAACUUCUGCUGGAUAUGGACUUGAAAACGUUUUGCCUAAAGAUCAGCAAACUGACAAAUUCUUGGCAAAAGCUGCUGAAAUCUUGGAAAAUCUUGGAUCGGAAAACAAUUCCGAUUUUGAGAAUUUGAAGCUUGAUCCGUAUGGAUCGAUUUUGGAGAAAAGGGGGUUAAAUGAGACAUUGGAAGCGACAAAAUUGGAUCUGGAUUUGGUGAAAGAUUUAGCUGACUCUAGUUUUGAUGGAAUAAAAGCAGAUUCAACUCUUUCAUCUACAGACAUCAUGAUAGAGAAGUUGCUGGAAAAUGGAGAAAAUAUUUUCACGAACGAUGGGGCUUUUGAGUCGGUGAAGUUGAAUUGGACAGCUCCGACGAAAGGAGCUGUUAUUGGCUGUCCACCGCCGAAACUUUGCGCGAAGAACUGUUUUGUGACGAUAAACGAGAAAGGAUGUCAAGACUGUCAAUGUCUUUGGAUAUCAUUAACUUGUGACAAUGAUCUCGAUUGUCCAGAGGAAGCUCAAGCAUGCGAUAUGGGGAAAUGUCAGUGUCGAUUUGGAUGGGAACAGGAUAUGAAAAGAUCUGGAUAUUGUCGAGGAGCUUAUCCUAGAACUGCUAGAGUGGCUGAUCCUACGGCCAAGUUCAAAUCUCAGCAUCGCUCGAUGGGCUCACCGUUAAGAAAAGUUGAGGUGGCAAAGAGAUUUAUGGAUGCAAAAGAUGAGUCUAUGAAAUUGAAAAAGCUGAGAGAUCCGGAAGAGUUCACAACGGCGAUCCCAGCUAGCGUUUAUUUCUUUGGACGGCAGAGUCACAGAAGAAAAAGGGACACGCUUUCAAGAGAAAACCUCAAAUCCUUCGAAAAACCGAGACAAAGUGAGAGAUUGGAAUGGCCAGGUCCUUGUAACGACGAUGACAGUUGUCCAGAAGAUCUUUACUGCAUCCAGGGAGAUUGCUGGAGCCUCCCUGACAAACCUCUUCAAUCUUUCACAGCUCUCAGUGACUUUGAGAAUCGAAAACUAUCUGAUUUUUCAAGUUUGACUGGGAGAGGUUUUGAACACUUUGGUCUACAAGGAUUCCCAGAUUUCUCCAAAGAAGCUAAUCGUCAAGCAAACAGCUUCUCUACCAAACUCUCUAAUAAGCCGUCUCCAAUCUCAAAAUCAACACAUCCGCUCGCUAAACCAAGACCGAAAAAGGUUAUUAACGUUAUUUCACCGCCCGGCUUUCUUCCGACUUCUGAAGAAGAACUUGUGAUUAGAUCAGCAAAUAGUCAAGGAAAGAAUAAGGAUGUGAAAAUGAUUGAGAUUCGGAGUCGAAAUCUCAGAGUGAAACCGGAGAGAAGGAGAGCCCCAGCUAAAAGCACAACCACCAGCCCAUCACCGGAUUUCGUUUUCUCACCUCCGACCACUGCUCGAACGUCUAAAGAACCGCCAUCAUUUGCCAUCAAUGAUGCUCCAAAUCAUGAUGACUUCAUGCAAGAAUUUUGGAAACAAAAGCUUCAUCUAGAGGCUCCAAACAAAUUUCACGAGCUAGAGGAAGAAGUCACUACAGCUGCCAGUCUUGAUGAUCUGGAAGACCAUGAACCAGGAGUUUGGUACGAGAUGAAGCCUGGAGAAUUCCCGAGCUUUGGAGCAAGACCAAAUCCAAGUGCGAAUGUCCCGAAACGAUCGGAUCGAAUGUUCUACGAAUACACGAAAGACAAUCUCAUCAAUAAACCCAUUCAGAUUCUUUCUGAUAACGCAAAAGGAAAAGUCCAAGAUGAAUGCUCAAAGGAUUCCGAUUGCAGUUUGAGAACAAAAUGCUGUCCGAAAAAGUGGUGUGAUCGAAGCCAAGAAUGCGGGAAUGCGAAUUUCUGCCUACCGGACUGCUCAUUGACCAAAAUGGUACACCAAGAUGAUGGCCGAAGACCGCAAAUGGAUCUCAUUUAUGAU